AUGAGUCGAAUCGGCUGGUAUGGCCUCGGCUCAAUGGGCCUCGCAAUGGCCACAAACCUCCAAAAACACCUAGCUACCAAGAGCACGCUGAACAGCCUCCUCUAUUCCAAUCGGACAAUGUCCCGCGGCGAAUCCCUCAAGGCACUAGGCGCCAAGCCGGAGACGAACUUCUCCAAGCUUGUCUCGCAAUGCGGCAUUAUCUUCACUAUGACUAACAAAGACAAGGUUUCCAAUGAUGACGUCCUGCGAAGUCUCAUCUCCAGCGUCACAGAAGACCCAACCCAGUCUCUCAAGGAUAAGAUCUUCGUUGACUGCUCGACCGUCCACCCGCAGACAGUGGGCCUUACAGUCGCAAAGUUGAAGGAGAAGCAAGCCGAUUUCCUAGCAGCUCCUGUAUUCGGCGGUAACCCUAUCGCCGUAGAUGGAAAGCUAGUAUUUGCCAUUGCAGGCCCGAAACGUGCUUCUGACAUUGUUAAGCCGCUGAUUCAGGAUAUAAUGGGGCGGAAGGUGAUCGACUGUGGAGAGGAUGCUACGAAGUCUUCCAUGCUGAAGAUAGCGGGCAACAUAAUAACUAUCAACCUUAUGGAGGCUGUCGGCGAGGCCCAGGUCUUUGCUGAGCGUACAGGUCUCGGAUCAGAUGUUAUGGAGAAACUCAUCGGGGAGGCUUUUGGUCCGGUUGCUGGAGGUCUCACUACCGGAGCCUACGCACCACCACUCGACUCCCGUCCUGGAUUUGGCGUCUCCCUCGCCAUUAAAGAUGCGAAGCAUGCAUUUGAUAUCGCGAAGGAGAACAAUGUCAAACUUCCUGGCUUGGAGGUCGCUACGAAGAAUAUGGUUUCUGCUCGUGAAUACGCCGGCCAAUGUCUAGACAGUAGUUCUAUGUAUGGCGUCUUGCGGCAGAAGGCAGGGAUGGAGUUUUGGAACGAAAAAAGUAGGAAAGGUUGA